AUGGCCACCGCCCCGGAUGCUGCAGCCCAGCAGCCCAACGACACCACGACCGUUCCCACGACACCUCAAGACACCAAUGUCCUCGCAUUGGACUCAUCACAAGUGACACUCCCCUCUACUGAAGUGCCCGCAUCGCCCGCCGAAUCCAACCAAUCAUUCAAGACCGAAGUCAACGACGACCGUCUGAGCUCCUCCGCCGUCAUCCCCUCGUCCUUGACACCGCCGCCCUCGUCACAAUUGCUUGCGCACACUGGCAACGGCGUUCUGCAGACCGCAUACGGCGCCUCCCAGCGAUCCGCUCUCUUCUCUCCGCCCGCCACAGGCCACAACGCGACGGUACGACGAGAUGGAGGUCUUGGGACUGAAUAUAUCCCACCCGCCCCUCAGCAGGUUGUCGAAGCCACCGCAGACGAACUUCGAGCCAUGAUGCAGGCUAGUAUCGCAGAACACGCAAAGCUGAAGAUGGAGGCCGCGCACCACAAGCUCCAGUACAACUUGCUGAGCCUCCAGGCGGACGAGGAUGCCAAGAGGGCAGCCGUGGAGCACGAGAUGACCAGGCGAGAGAUCGAGGCCCUGAGGACAGCAGAGUACUCCCGUCAUGCUGUCCGCGAACUCAGCGCUGCAUCAGAGUCGGCGCAGAUGAAGUACCUCCAGAUGAAGAUGUGGUACGAAGAGGCCAUGGACGAGAACGAGGGCCUCGUGCGACGAGUCAAGAUGGCAAAGAAGGUUAUUUCACACAAGGAGGAGGAAAUUAUUGGCCUCACAGAGGAGCGCGACAUGCUACUCAACCGCAUCCGGGAGAAUCGGGAACACUUUCACAUGCUGUGCAGCCCCGGCGGAAUCUUUCACGGUGCCAUGACGCCCAAGCAGGCCACCGUCUCAACUCCCCAGCAGCCUCACCGAGCUACUCCCAAGCAGCAGACGCCUCGGUCGGCCAACCGCGAGGCCAGGGUGGUCGACCGAGACCACGGCCCCGAGCCCAUUGCGGCUCUGCUGCAGGCCCUCAGCCAGGACAACAACAGCGCGCCCUCGACGCCCACGACAGCGGUCAGACCCGCGCCCCGCAUGCCUCCCAAGCACACCCGAAACGCACAGUCUCUAUCUGCCCUGCCAACGACGCCGCUCUCCCGCACCCAGCGCCAUGAGCAGCAAUCUGGCCUCUUGCCCUCUGUGAACCUGGUCCCUCAGAGCGAGCCUCGGUACCGGUACAGCAACUCACAAAUGAUUCCUGGCACGCCGCCACCGGCCAUCCAGGAGCGGGUCCAAGAGCGCGCUCGCAAGAGCCGCGAGAGCACUAUUUCGGCCGAUGACAACGAGGAGCUCGCCCGCCAGGCUCUCGAGUCCGUCGCCAAGUCGGCCUCGUUUCUUUCGCAAGCAUCCCGCAACUCCCGUGGCGCUCGCCGUCCCCUCCCCGGCGGCAGCGGCAACGAGGACGAGGAGGAAGUUUACGAGAGCCAAGCGAGCCAGGCAGCGUCAGAGAUGUUGCGCCGCGAUCCGCGUGAGAGCUUCGAAGUUGCCAGCUCAGUGGGCUCUCGCGACGGCACACCUGCGCCGGCAGAGAAGAGCGCCAGACUCCAGGCGAAGCUGUUCUCUGGCAUUACUAAGAGUGGUGCAGACAAGCGCAAGUUCAAUGGGGGUGUGCCUAACGGGCACGGUCAAGAGGCACGAUCGGACAUGGUGAGCCCGACCAAGAAGAUGCGAGUGGGCGGUCCCCUUGGCGGCGACAACCCAAAGGUCGGACUUGGGAUCCAGUACGGUUACAGCUGA